AUGGCGACGGCGACAGCGACUGCGGUGCGCGUGGCGACGCCCGAGAUCCGGCUGCACUGCGGCCCAACGGGGCUGAACGAGGCCGUGCUGUCGCUGGACUUCCUGCGCCCUAAUGCGGAGGGCGCGAGCACGACCACGGAGCAGCCGCUGCUGGUCACGGGCGGCGCCGACAAGGAGAUCAAGCUCUGGCGCGACAAGGACGCCGAGGCUGCCAAGGCCGCGGGGGGCGUGGAGCUGGAGUUCGUCUUCAGCCUCUCGGGCCACGACCGCAGCGUCAACUGCGUGCGCUUCUCGCCCAACGGCGCGUACCUGGCGUCGGCCAGCGACGACACGUCCAUCAUCCUCUGGUCCAAGCCCAAGACGGCGGGCGACGACUGGCGCUGGGACCGCAUCUCGUCGCUCAGCGACGUGGGGCGCACCAUCCUGUCGCUGGGCCACAAGGGCGACAUCACGGACCUGUCGUGGUCCCCGGACUCGGCCUUCCUCUGCUCCUCGUCGGUCGACAACCGCUGCGUCAUUUGGGACGUGGAGAAGGGCGACGUGGCCGAGCGCCGCAAGGACCACACGCAGUACGUGCAGGGCGUGGCGUGGGACCCGCUCAACGAGUUUCUGGUCACGGAGGGCAACGACCGCACGUGCCGAGUCUACUCGCUCAGCGGCUUCGGCGCGGCCACGCGUCCCAAUGGAAAGAAGCAGAACCGCAAGUUCAUGUGCAUCCAGACGCUCAAGACGCGCGAGUUCCCGUCGACUUCCCAGGGCGGAGCGGCCUCUGCUUUAACCCCGCCGGCUCCGAAGCACCGAAUGUUCCUCGAUGAUACGUGCCCUGCAUUCGCGCGUCGACCGGCGUGGACGCCAGACGGAAGCUACUUUUUGGCGCCGACCGGAACCUUUCGAGCGAGCGAGUCGGCGUCGGCGGUCAACACCGUCUACGCGUUCUCUCGUGGCAAUUUGAGCCAGCCCACGCUGCACUUGCCGGGACAGGAAAAGGCCUCGCUUGGCGUCCGUUGCAGUCCGCUGCUGUACGAGUUGCGCCGACAAGAUGACCAGGCAGACGACUCCCCACCGCCCAACUUUUUCAAGACGGAGUACCGGUCAAUCUUUGCUGUCAUUACUCUAGACGCUGUCGUUAUUUACGACACACAGCAACCCCACCCGAUCUGCACAGUAAAGGGAUUGCACUACGCGGAUUUAACCGAUGCGAGCUGGACGUCGGACGGCCAGACGCUUAGCAUUUCGUCCACCGAUGGCUACAUCUCCUUCAUCCAGUUUGAGGACGGUUUCUUCGGCACAAGCGUAUCUCGCACAGGUGAGCUCCCUACUGCUAUCGUCAUGUAUUCAUUCAGCACGACGUACUAA